AUGGAAAAAAUUUAUAAAGUUCACAUAGAUAAUCUAGAUAAAGAUAUCUAAGUCGAGAUAAAUGAUAAUGAGACUUUGGAGAAAUUGGUUGAAAAAAUUAGAGAAUAGAAUAGAUUACCUUUUCAUAAUGUAGAUGUGUUUUACGAAAAUAAUAAAUUGGAUGUAAAAUUCAAAAUCAAUUUCCUAAAUAUCAACAAUUCAUCAAGUAUAAAUGUUAAGCUCUUUUUCUAUGUUAAAGUAAAAAUUACGAAUGAAAUGCAAGAAUCCUGUGAAAUUUCUAAAAUAAAUAUCUAUGAUAAAUUAACAUGCCUAAACAAACAAAUUUAUAAUGAGUUUGCCAUUUCAAAUUAUCAUUUGGAUCUCUAUUCAGGUUAAACUCUCUUGGAACCUCAUCAAUCACUCUACCAAUAAUAAAUUUUAAAGGAUUGUGAAUUGAGGUGUAUAGCAAGGCCAACGUUUUUACUAGAAUAUAAAUCUGAAAUAUACACAUUUCUGACCUUAUUAAAUGAAGAUUUUAAGCAUAUCAACCAAAAGGUUAGAUAGAAAUUAAAUUUAGAAUUAGAAUUCGAGCUUAUAUACAAUGAAUAAGUAAUUAAUAACGAGGGUGAUAACUAUUAUAAUUAUUCUAUUCCUCAAAAUUAAAAGCUAGAACUAAAAAUACUAGAUAGUGUCAUACUUAUCGUAUCCUCUGUUGAGACCCAAAGUUUUAAAGUAAGUAAAUGUGUAUAAAUCAAAGAAUUAAUUACGUAUUUAAAGUAAUUAUAUGCGAUUGCUGAGGAAGUAUCUUUAACAAAGGGAAAUUAGGAGUUGCUGCCUGAAUAAACAGUUUAGGAACUUAAACUUAAAGAUUAUGAAAUACUUAAAUUAGAAUAAAUAAUUAUGUAGGAUUUGUAUCUGAUAAAUAACCUCAAUCCAAAAUAGUAAUUUAAAAAAAAGAUUAAUGCUCCUAUUAAUCUUUAAUUCUUACAAGGUCUGCCUUAAUUUAAAGAGAAAAGGAUUUAUUUUUAUAACAGUUCUCAUAAACAAUUAACCAAUUAAGAUGAAAUUAAAUUGGAACCGAAAAUAACUAUAUACUAUAAGGAAAUCUCUUAAAGCUAGAUUUUUUCUUGGUUGUAAAUAGGAUUUCUGAAUAAACAAACCAAAGUGAAGACUAUAAAGAAGGUAGCUCAAAAUGAUUUAAUCGAUACAUAUGUAUAGGAAUUGGUUGGAGGGUAGCAAACUUAACUUUGGUUAGGAGAUCAAUAGAUUUCAAAAGGGCAUACCUUUGAAGGAAUUGGAGCAUAAAAUAAUGAUUGCAUUAUUUUUGAAAUAAUCAAGAAAAGUGUUUUGGUAUUAUAUAGAGAGACUAAUCAUAUUAUUGAAGUUCAGGACAAUUGGACUUUUGAAGAAUUAAGAUAAAAUCUUCUACGUUUAUUUUAGGGCUCUACGAAUAGUUAUUGUUUGAUACAUCGCGAUGCUUAACCUGAAUUAAGUUAAAACAUACUUGCCAUAUACAAAGAAGGAGAUGUCAUAUAAUUUACAGAUUAAAAACCUAGUCUCAUAAUCAAUUAGAGCAGAAUAAAUGAUAAUAAUUUGAUACCAAUUACAUUAUACAUUGUUGAUAAAUAAGACGAAAUAACAUUAAAGGUGAAGUGCAAUACGACUGUCUAAAAUAUUAUUAAUAAAUUCAAAAAUUUAUAUCAAAUUAAUGCUUCUACUAAUUUGAUCUUAAAAUUAAACCAAAAUAGACUUUAAGAAACUUUCGAAAUUGAUUCUACUCAUAGGAACACAAAGUUCUUUAUAGAGUAAAUUAACAAUUGA